CGGAUAUAAAAUUUUAUAUUAUUCCCUUAUACAGCAUUUUACAUCAUGACAUCGGCUGUCUACAAUCGCAAUAAGACGGAAUCCAAGGACACUACCAUCUCUAUUACCGAUGAAGAAAAGGCUUUGGAAAGUAAUGCAACUCCAAAAUCCACCUGCCGCAGAAAGUCUCUGGUACGAGGUGUCAAGGAAAUUUGGAGAGAGUUUUGUGCCAACACCUCCAUACACGGCUUUCAAUAUUUCGGCCAACAGAGGCCGCGCAAGGAGAUCAUCUUUUGGAUUAUAGUUUUUGUCACAUCCAUCUAUUUUUGCAGCUCUAUCAUUUUAGGCAUUUAUGUGAAGUGGCGCGAAUCACCAGUGAUAGUAACCUUCUCCGAACGUUCUACACCCGUUUGGAAAAUACCCUUUCCGAGAGUUACCAUAUGCCCGGAAAAUAAAAGGACCAUGAAUGGGUCAAGAGUUCCCUCGUUUUUUCAACUUGUCAACUCUCUCAGGGCUUACCUACAGCAAGGCAAAGAGUUUCAAUCAAAUUUCACCACUACCGAUUUAGAAGAUGUUCUCACCUUAAUGCAACUGUGUAAUGUUGCCACUGAGGUAGAGUUGCCAUCCUUUGAACACGAAGUCAAAGACUACAUUGAAAUUAUCAAUAAAUUGAUGCCAGAUAUAAGCAGAUAUUGCUUCAGUGGUUUAUGGUUUGGCGUGGAGAAAAGUUGUGACAAGCUGUAUACCCGAAUCUAUACCGAAGAUGGAGUGUGUUUUACCUUCAAUGGUCUGCUGGAUCAUGACUUAUAUCGAGAGCAUACCAUACAAUACCAAAGGAGUUUAAAUUCAAGCCUGUACCACAAAGUGGAUAUGUUUCAAAAUCUUUCUUUGAGUUGGUCCCUGGAGCAGGGUUACCAUGAUGAUGGCGAUCUGAACACAUAUCCGGGUCGUGUGUUGGGUUCUGGAGCCAUGGCGGGAUUUUUGUCUGUCUUACAAGGCUUUGCGGAGGAGCUUGAUUACAGCUGCCGUUAUGUGCCAGAUGGUUUCAAGGUAAUGCUACACUCACCCGAUGAUGUGCCCACCAUGGGUAAACAUUUCGUACAUGUCUCCAUGGACAAGGAUGUUAUGAUUGCGGUGAAACCCAAAAUGAUAACCCCCUCAGCGGGCAUACCUGCAUAUACACCCCACAAAAGGCAAUGUUAUUUGAGCAAGGACCGCCAAUUGAAGUUUUUCAAGAUCUACAGUCGUAAUAAUUGUGAAUUGGAGUGCUUGACCAAUUUCACCUAUCACCGGUGCGGCUGUGUUACCUUUGCCAUGCCUCGUAGUGCCGAAACUCCUGUGUGUGGGGCAGAUAAACUUUCUUGCUAUCGCAUGGCCAACGAAAAGCUAUUGUUUCAACAAUUUACCCAAGAUUGGCAAUCGAAGAGGGAAACUAGCAUUGGAACUUUGGAAAAUUGUGAUUGCCUGCCAGCCUGCACUUCUUUGGACUAUGAAACUGAGAUAUCAGAGGCAGUUUUUCAUCUGGAGAAUCAUCUGAACGCCGUUGGUGACUAUGCGGGCUUUCGUGUUAAAUAUCCCGGCAUGGCAAUGAGCGUUUUGUGGGUCUAUUUCAAGGAGCCUCAUUUCAUUACCUCUCGACGUUCGGAGUUGUAUGGAGUCACCGAUCUUUUGGCAAAUUUUGGCGGUGCAUUUGGUCUAUUUAUGGGGUUUUCCCUGUUGAGUGUAGUUGAAAUAUGUUAUCAUUUUACACUGAGAUUGUGGUCGAAUAUGGGUAGACAUCAAAUAGGGGUUUGA